AUGGCCUGUUAUCUACCUGAUCAUCUUGUUCGUUGUUUAAUAUGUAAAAAUUUAUUUUCUGAUGCUCGUCGUCUUCAUUGUGGUUGUGUUUAUUGUUAUUUAUGUUGUCUAAAACUUGUUAAUAAUUAUACAUUAUCUUGUAAUUGUUCAAUUAUACAUCGAUUUAAAUCACAAGAUGAACUUGAAAAGUCUUUAGUAGUUGAUAGUGUUGUCAAUGAUCUUGUUCGUCAACAUAUUAAACAAAAUCAAGUAUCAUCAACAAAAUUAGUUGAUUACGAUGUGACGUCUAUAUUAUCUCCAGUAACUGAAGAAGGUAAUAAUCUAAAUGAUCAUCAAACAAUUGUAUCAAUAACAACAACAUCAUCAUUAUCAUCUAAUCAUCUUCCAAUUACACGUAAACAAGUCGCGGUUGCUCAACCACCAUGUGCAAUAUGUAAGAAAAAAUCGAAUAUGAUUAUUCUUUGUGAACAUUGUAAAUGUGAUAUAUGUGAAAUAUGUAUUGAACAACAUUAUCAAAUGAUAACAGAUGUUCUUGAAGAUAAAUGGAAACAAUGUAAAGAAAAAUUUAAUCGAAUUAAUGAUCAUGUCCUUUUAUCUCAUCAAAAUGAGAUGGGUGCAAUACCGAAACUUGAUUCUAUAAGAAAAACAAUUGAAGAACGAAGUAAACAUUUAAAAAUUAGUAUUGAUAAUCAUCGCCAAACACUGACAAAACAUAUUGAUACUCAUGUUCACAAUCUCGAAACAACGAUAAAAUCAAAUGAUGUUGAUAAUGAUUAUCAAUUAUUGAGAGAUCGCCUUCCGAAAAUACUUGAAGGAGAAAUAAAUAUGUCAAAAUUAUUAUUAUUCUUUGAAGAAAUAGAAGGACUCUUACAACGAUUAAUAAUACGUGAUAAACAAUUAAAAGAAAUUAAAAUGAAAAUUCCUUAUUUAUCUCAACCUGAUUCACUUUCAGUUGAUGUUACUCAUUUAAUUGGUGAACUGAAGUUUGAUGAUCAACAAUUAUUAACAGAUAAUUAUGAGGAAGAAAUCCAAUCAAAUAAAAACGAUUUAUCACCAUUAAUGUCAAUAAGAUCUGGACCCAGUCGUUAUCCACGUCGAAUGCGAUCAUCUAUUCGAUCACGAGGUGGACGUGGAGUUCAACAUUUAUCACAUUUACUUGAUUUAUCUCCUAAUAAUAAUAAUAAUAAUAGUUAUCCUCGAAAUAGCCGAUCCAAUGGUACUUAUUAUCCUCGUGGUCGUGUAUCAUCACGUCCACGUCCUGUACUAAAUCAAACUACGGACAAUAAUAUUGAUACUGUUCCUAAUAAUCAAUAUCGAUGGUCAAUUUAUUUUAAAGAAAUUCCAUAUUUUCUUGCUGUACUUGAUAAUCGUAAUCGUGCUCGUCAACUUAAUACUCGUCCACAUCAUAGACAUGAUUAUAUGUUAUUUAUUGCUGAUGAUUAUGGUCAAAUUGGUGUUUAUAGUUUACCAAAAUCUACAAGUAAUAUCAAACCAGUAGUAAUUGGUACAGGAGAACUUUUUCCAAAAAAUUCUCGUUUACUUUUGGAAUCAUUUACUGUUUAUGAAUUUGCUAUUAUUGUUUAUGUACGUCGUUUUGAACAACGUUCAAAUGAAAUUGAACAUUCAAAAUUACUCAAAGCUGGUUUACCUAUUAUGAAAGGCGAACAAGGUCGUUGUAAUGAUCAUGGUGGUAUGAUUUAUUUAUUUUCACAUGGUGGUGAUGAAAUUGAUGGUAUUUAUCAAUCACAUCCUAUACGAGUUAUUCUUGCUGAUCAAAUUUAUGGUCGUCUUUGGGCUCUUAAUCCAAUGCAAAAUAAUGUCUAUUGUUAUAUGGCACCGAACGAUAAUAAAGAAAUUCAAAAAUGUUUACAAGAAGAAGAAAUUAUAUUUGAUUUUUCUGAUGAAUUAUUUGAACCAACAACAAUGAUACAAUCUGAUCAAUCAAUUGGUCUUAUUGAUAUUGAACAUGAUCUAUAUCGUUUAUAUGCUAAAGAUGAUAAAUCACGUUUGAUAACAACUUAUGAAAAUUCACAGAAUCAUCAAUGGAAAUUAACUGAUGGAGUUAUUUUUAAAGAUAAUCGAAGUUUACUUAAACUUACAGAAGAUAAAUAUUAUAAUAAUUUAAAUGAUAGAUUAAAAAGACAUAAAUUUCAUAAUAAUCCUCGACGUUGUCUUAUUGAAUUAACUUCUGAUGGACAAGAAAAACGUCGAAUUCAAGCGAAUACACUCUAUAGUAUGGUUCUUGGACCUGAUGAUGAAGUUAUUUUAGGUUUUGCUGUUCGAGAUGAUCAUGGUUUGAUUCAUUGUUAUUAA